CAUACAUAUGGAGAGAUUCAAUGGCUCCACUUACUUUGCACGCUACAGUGAUUUUAGAAUCUGAUUCUGGCGGUUGUGCCAAGAAAUACUACGGAGGCUGGUGGUAUAAGGGUCAUAACUGGCAUUGUUCAUUUUCCAAUUUGAAUGGCAAAUACUUUCAAAGCGAAAAGGAAUCCAAUUUGGCCGUUUAUUGGGGCCAGGAGUUCUCGUUGCUAACAGUGAAAAUGCUCAUACGCCCCUUUGGCAAAUAAGUAUACGCAACAUAUUUUAAAGCAACAUUCAAAUAAAUGCCAGCGCUUAACUGAAAAAAAUCUUUAAGCGGCUUUGAUAGCAAACAAGA